GCGACCUCCGUCUGGCAGCUGAGCACAUGGGCGGGCAGCGGGGGCGGGAGCGGCGGGAGAGCGGCGGGGACGCGCGGGCCCCCCCUUCCCGGCCCUCCCCACGGGUGAGCGGCACCGGCGACAGCAGCGCCGCCAGCAAGAGGUCAGCCGCCGCCCUGGGCUACACCUCGGACCGCUUCGUGCUGCAGCUGCUGCCCCGGGGAGGCCCGCGCCGCGCCCCCGCCAUCCACCGGGGCUACCACAUCCGGGCCCGAGCGGUGGAGCGGAGCCUGCGGGCCUUCCUGAUGGGCACUCGGGGCCACCCGCGCAGUCAGGUGGUGUCUCUGGGCGCCGGCUGGGACUCGCUCUACUUCUGCCUGAAGGACGCGGGGCUGCUGGCGGGAAGCGGCGGGCGGUUCUUCGAGGUGGACCUCCCCGAGGUGGCCUCCCGCAAAGCGGCCCUGAUCUCCGGCUCGGCGGAGCUGCGCGCCUUGGCGGGAGGCGGCGUCCGCGAGGAUCUCGGAAGCGUCAAGUAUUCCGGGGAUGAUUACCGGCUCCUGGGCGUGGAUCUCUCCCAACUGGCCCUGCUGGAAGGGGCCCUGCGUGGCGCCGGCCUGGAUCCCGCGACGCCCACCCUGAUCCUUGCGGAGGUGGUCCUGCCCUACAUGCAGGUGGAGAGGUCAGAUGCUCUGAUUCAGUGGGCAGCUGGGCACUUUCUGAGGGCCUGGUUCAUUCUGUACGAGCAGAUUCAUCCCAGCGACCCUUUUGGCCGUAUCAUGCAAAAUCAUUUCAGCCAUCUACAGUGUCCGCUCCGCUCCCUAACCUCCUACCCAGACUGCAAGGCUCAACAGAUGCGCUUUCUCCAGAGGGGCUGGACGGAAUGCCACAUCAUGGACAUGAACGAGUUCUAUAGGACCUUUAUGCCUGGAGAAGAGCAGAAGAGGAUUCAAGCUCUGGAGCCCUUUGACGAAUUUGAGGAAUGGCACCUGAAGUGCUCCCAUUAUUUCAUCCUUGCCGCAUCCAAGGGAGAGGCCUCCUUUGCACCUCCUGUAUUUUCCAGGAUGGAAGCCCCCCUGUCUCACCGCGCACCUUGCUUUGCUGGGACCGUGGCUGCAUCCUUUGUUGGGGCAGGUGGGGCAGUGGUUGGCCUGAAGCGCUAUGGUCAUUGCUCAGUGCUCCUUGCCCCAGACGUAAUUCUAACCACUGGUGGCUUUGGGGACCAUGGUGGGCGCCACUGCCGCCUGACUGAGCUGCAUAUUCUGAUCAAGCACCAGGAAGGUUGGAGAAGCGACAAAGUCAGACUGGCCGAGCUAGAAAUGGCUUGGGAUGGGCGGCUUUUCCACACCGUGAACGUCCUGCGCUCAGGCUGGGCUGUCGUGCUUGGUGGCCGUAAGUCUCCAGUGAGCCCUGCUCUGCCCCCCCUUUGCUUAAAGGGGCUGGCGGAUGCCGAUCCUUUGAGCCCCGGCAACCCCAUCAUUGAGCUCGCUCCGCUGCCACCUGUUGAGGGCCUCUCCGUGCCCCGCUGGAGACACACCUCCACAGAAGUCACUCAUGAAGGACAGGCUUACCUCUUCAUCUACGGAGGCUGCAGUUCUGGGCAGUUGGUGCUCACCGAUUGGCAUUUUCUGCAUUUGGAGGGGCUCCACUGUCAGCAGAUUCCAGUGGAGGGCCCCGUUCCAGCCGGCCGUCACUCACACAGUGCCUGCAGCUGGGCAGGGGGAGUGCUUAUCGCCGGCGGCCUAGCAGCCUCUGAGGAGCUGCUGGGCAGCCUCCUGUUUCUGAAGCCAUCCGGGAGAGGCUUCCGGUGGCAUUCUCUCGAGACCUGCCCCCCUCUCACGCCCAGGUAUUCACACACGGCUCACGUGCACUGUGGGAAACUGUUGCUCGUGGGUGGGGUCUGGCUCAGCCCUCCUUCAGUGCCAGGCGUUGCCAUGAUAGACCUGGCGACAAGGGCUCUAGCGGAGUAUCGUAUUGACACAACAUUUCUGGAGUGGCCUCUGAUGUUACACAACCAUAGCAGUGUCAUUGUGCCCGACAUGGAGGAGAUUAUUCUUAGGGGUGGUGGAAACUGCUUCUCCUUUGGGACUCAUCUGAACGUGUCGCCUGUCCGCCUGGAUCUGAGCAGCAUCUGGAGGGCUGGGCUUUGACAUCUUGCAGAUCAAGAGGACAGGAGAAGGGCCAGAGCAGCAUUGAAUGAUACAGUGGACUGGACUCCUUGCAUUCAAGAACAUUCCCCCCCCCCGCCCCCGCCGCCUAUUGGACACAAUGGCAGCCUCUCCCAAGAGAGCUGUGCUCAUGUUCCAUGGAGAACAUAUUCCAUCGGUGGCCCCUGGCUGCUGGAGCAAGGAGCCCAGGUGCAGGAGAUCACCCGUCCUAAAACUCUCAUCCCCGUCUCCUUUGCUGCCUCCCAGACAGUGGCCACUGUCAGCAAGAGGGUCCGGUAGGUUUCUGGGGAAUUUUUUAGAGUUUCCUUCCUAUACCCUCUCAUCUGUGCAGCAUUUUCUAGUGAUUUCAACCAUUCGGAGAGACCAACACUGAGCAAAAGGGGUCUGUUCCCAGCAAAAAAGCAAACCCCUUUUUCCUUCCAGGGCUGGACUUCUAUCAUACAGACCAUUCUGCGUUCACUUCUGAGCCUCUGGGUUAUAUACCCUAAAUAAUUGUAGUUACCUGUAGUGUUCAUUUAAUAGCAACAUAACAAAUACAAGGUUUUGUUAUAUUUGAAGAA